UCUAGAUCUACAUCUUGACUACAUGAGUACACCAUACUCUACUAGAUCUAGAAAUCUAAUAGUAGUAAUAGUAUUACUAAUUUUUAUUAAAUCAUAGUUAUUCAUAGUCUACAUUUUUCUAGAUUCUAACUGACUCUAAGUAUAAGUUAGCUAAGUUUAACCCAGAAGAACUCAGUCAGUGAAGUGAGUGUUUCAGUGACUCAUACACUCAGAUGAUACAGUCAAUUACAGAAUUUAGUCUUUGAUUGAAUAUCAAUAUGGGGAGAUCCUCUAAAGAUAAAAGAGAUGUCUAUUAUCGACGUGCUAAAGAAGAAGGCUGGCGUGCAAGAAGUGCUUAUAAAUUAUUGCAAAUAAAUGAUGAUUUUAAUAUAUUUGAAGGUGUCAAGAAAGCAGUGGAUCUCUGUGCUGCUCCUGGAAGUUGGAGUCAGGUACUGGCCAAAAAAUUGAGGGGAGAUGCAGGAAGUGAAUCCGAUGUUAAAAUAGUUGCUGUAGAUUUACAAGCAAUGGCACCUAUCCCAGGCAUUAUUCAGAUUCAAGGGGACAUAACAAAGAAAUCCACAGCUCAGGCAAUAAUUGGGCACUUUGAUGGUGAAGAGGCAGAUCUUGUCGUUUGUGAUGGGGCACCGGAUGUUACUGGCCUACAUGAUAUAGAUGAAUAUAUUCAAGCCCAACUUUUACUGGCUGCUUUAAAUAUAACCACACACGUGUUGAAGAAAGGGGGUACUUUUGUUGCUAAGAUAUUCCGAGGCAAAGAUGUGACCUUACUCUAUUCCCAACUCAAAAUAUUUUUUCCUUUUGUAACUGUCUUCAAACCCCGUAGCAGCAGGAACUCUAGUAUUGAAGCAUUUGUUGUAUGUCAGAAGUAUUCACCACCAGAUGGCUAUGUUCCUAAUAUGUCAAACCCUUUGUUGGAUUGUCAGUAUGAGAUGGAUUACAACCAUCUGGAAGGGCCGAAUCGAGUCAUCAUUCCAUUUUUAGCCUGUGGUGACCUGAGUGGCUUUGACUCAGACAUGACAUAUCCUCUUGAGCUGGAACCAGGUGAGACGUAUACCUACAGAGAGCCCACCCAGUCACCCAUCAACCCUCCGUACAAGGACGCUUGCGAGCUUCGCCGAACUGACCGGCUGUCAAAGCCAUUGCUGGACUUUCCAAUCCCGAAUAGUGCCGAUGUUGACUCGGCUAGGUCAAAAGCCAGCAAUGACCCUGAUCUUGAACUAUCAUCGGCUAAACCUAAAAGUUCAGAGGACUUAGCUCAUGAAGUAAGCCAGGACAGUAAUUCAACCAUCAUAUCAGAUGACCUUAUAUCUUCUGCAGCUUCAAAGUCACUGGAAAAAAUGUCUCUUCAAUAAAAUUUUUUUAUAAAAUG